CUUUGGAAGAAGAAAAGAAUAUUCCCAUUCCUUUUUUCCAGUGAUACUGUAAAUCAGUAGAAGAUCCGUAUUGUCCUCAUAUUAACAUGAACGCUACUUAACCACAUUUUGCAUAUAUGCUAAUGCUAUUCUAAAAAAAACCAAGAACUUUGCCAUAUACUCCCUUGAGUUCAUCAGUCCUUCUACCUUUUCAUUUUUUCUUCUCUUUUACAUGCGUCAACUUACACAAAGUAACUAAAUCUACAUAUAACAAAAUGUUCAUAAUGAGCCACAAAAGGUUUAGUAAGUGUGGCAGCUCUUACUGCAGAAACACGGGAGACCAAAUCAUUUUACAACAUACACGAUAUGGUCAAAAGUUUAUGGACACUUGACCAUCACACCCACAUUGUCUUUUUUGGCACUCCAUUCCAGAUUUACUUCCCUCUUUGCUGCUUUAAUAACCUCCUUUAAGACUUUCCACUAGAUAUUGGAGGGUGGCUGUGGGAAUUUGUGCUCAUUCAGUCACAAGAGCAUUAGUGAAGUCAGGGAUCAUGCAUCCUAAAGGUGUUCAGUGGGAUUGGGGUCGGGGCUCUGUGCAGGUCACUUGAGUUCUUCCACUCCAAAAUUGGCAAACUAUGUCUUUAUCGACAUCUCUUUGUGCACAGUGGCAUUGUCAUGCUGGAACAGGUUUGGGCCCCUUAGUUCCAGUGAAGGGAAAUUGUAGUUCUGCACCAUACAAAGAAAUCCUGAACUGUGUGGCAACAAUUUUGGGAAGACCCACAUAUGGAUGUGAUGGUCAGGUGUCCACAUACUUUUGGCCAUACAGUGUAGGUGAAAUAUUAACUUAUCUGAUGAGUUCCUAACGAUGCAUAGGCCUAUAUUUUGACCACUACAGUUUGUUCAAAUAGACAAAUUUCAGACAGGUUUGUUCUGCAUGCCAGUGGACUACAGAUAACAGAUAACACAUAAGAAGACAGACAGAUAGGAGACGGCGGGCUGCCUGUAACGCGCGCGCCGCUCCUGGAGGAUAUUUGUGCUGUUUGGGGCUUUCACCGAUAGAGGGCGCAGUUUAAGCACGCUACAGUGAAGAGGACCUGAGACAGCAUCAGGGAGGAGAGAAAGGUGGGCAGGAGGAGGAAAGGAUGCUCAGUUUAGAGCAUCACAUCGCGGCAUUUUACCCAGCUCACACCUCGGCGAACCAAGAGGGGUUUUACUGGUUUUAGGCACGAUGGUUGGUAAUGUUUCUCAUUAAUUCUGGAAAUAAAAUUAAGCACCAUGUCUGAGAAAAGAACAGAACGUCAGACCCAGCAAAAGUCUAACUUCCAACAAAGAUGGGAAGGAUGUGAGAUCAGAUUUUAAGUUUUCACUCCAUGACUGAACAUAAAAGCCAAGAGGGGAAUGAAGCCUUUAAUGGAUCCCAUAGCAGUGAGAAGCUGUUGAGAGAGAUCCUUGGACUUGUAUAACAUGAGUGGGGAAGAGAACAUAGGGGGUCCUUGUGACAGUAUGCACAAGGAAAUAAAGAACAACAACAAGCAGCUUUUCCUCUAUCCUGAUGGAGAUGCCAAUGCUAACCAAAUCCCUAUGGAGGAAAGCCACACUGAGAGAGGCAGUUUAAUACCUCCCCUGUUGUCACACAGCAGCACUCAGGAAAGGAUUAUUAUUUGGGGCACACAUGCCCGUAGUGAGGACCCAGAGCUUGAAGAGUUUGAAUUAUUAGAGUGUCAGGAGAUGGAAGCUUUUCUAACAGAGCGAGAAGUGAGAGAUCACGAUAGAAGCAAAGACUGUGCAAAGAAAAACUUUUGUCAGAGACAGUCUGCUCUCAUAAGUUUGGACCCUGCCAGUGACUUGGGCAAGAGAGACCAAAAUGCCAACCACAGUGAGGAUAUUGAUGUAGAACAAAGUACUCAGCCUCUGGACCUCAGGACGUCUGCCUCUCGGUCUGGAGGAAGGAGGAGCCUGAGAGAGACACGUAGUAACUCAGAGAGCAAUGUCUUUGUCCCCACCUUCUCAACAGUGAGCAACCUCAGUGGAAGCUUGGCCAGUGCUCUUGACAGUGCAGGACAUACACAGUGUCCUUCUUCCCUACCCAGCAAGCCUACCUCAGAGAAGUGCCAGUUCCAGCAGCCAGCCACAAAUAAAUCCCCUAUCCUUUCCACACAAAGCAAAGAGCAACCCAGAAAGAGGGAUCAGAAUCAUAGUUCUACAGUACUGCCUCAGGAUCCAACACAUGAGCAUAGAUCAAGCACUGAAAAUGGCGACUGUCUGACAGACAGGCCAUGCUGGAGUACAGACAAAGGCUACAACAGACAGGAGAAUGUCCUGUCUUCCAAAUUCCAGAGAAACAUUGAAAGAGUGCCACCUUCUUGCAGGCAGCUUGUACGUCCACUCUCUCCAGGAAUGGAGCCAAAGCUAACCUCAGGACAUCUGGCAUAUAAAGACACCCCUCGAGAAGAUCGGCUUUCCCCAUCCUCAGACAGAGGUCCUAAAAACAGCAUCCAUCAGCCGGACCUAAAGGAUCCAGUGCAGAAUAAUAGUAAUGCCCAGUCUCUUAGCUCAGGCUCAGGGAUCCAACACAGCCAGACUUCUACCAAGGUGGGCUCCACCAUCAGAAGGCAGGGUUCAGCUGAGAAUGCUGCCAGUCCCCUGGACAGGAAGAGUCAUUUGAGCCGCAGAGCCUACAGCAGCCCUACCAGGCCUUCAACGCCCCCAUCUCCUAAGAGUACGGGGUCUCCUCAGAGACGUCCUCCAGUGUCUCCUGGGAGAAGCCGAGUGCCUUCUAGAGGCCCUCAGCUGGGUUAUGGUGCUUCUCAAGGAUAUGGCUUUGGCCUGAGACCUCCAGUCAAAACCACCAUCAACAUGAAUGUUCAAAACCCUGUACCCCAACAAAGCUCUACUGUAACUUCUUCUCCACCCAAGUGCCCCCCAAAGCCUAAAAGUGUUCGCCCUAAAAUCAUCACCUAUAUACGCAAGAGCCCACAGAUGAAGCCCCAGGCCACUGAUAGCCCAUAUGAAGUCUCUGCACUACCCACCAAACUCUCAAACCCCACCAGUUCUCCAAACCCCAAAACACCAGCAGACGAGGCUCCUGGAGCUCCAGUGCUGAGUGCCUCUAACCUGCUAUAUGACAAGUACAGACAGGAGCUGCAGAAGGCUCGUUAUAUAUCUCCUGAGUCAAUGGUGUCUGGGACAAAGCUUUCCAGCCACACAAUGCCCCACAAAGCCAUAGGGAGGACAAACAACUUCUAUGGCUCUCUAGGCAACAAAUAUUUGCCUGCAGCGAUUGCUUCUGGAAGCAAGGAUCUAUCAGAAUCCCAGACAGUAACUCAAGAAACAGGGGGAUUUUUACAGCCUCCUCGAACCCUGAGACCCCAGCUUGGUUUGGGUGCUGUCAGCAAGUCUCCAUCCCCUGCUGCUGCUGCUAAGAGCAGGAUCUUCACAGUGCAGAAGUCACCUCUAGCUCUCAGUCAACCAGUGCAGGCAGUGACCCCAUCAGUCACUGCACAAGCCACCUCAUUAGUGACCCCAUCCACUCAAAGCCCACCAGAGGCUUCAGACCAGUGGAAGGCACCAUCAGCAGGACUGGCUGUUAAAUCUCUUUUGCCCAAGCCAGCUCCAUCAGGCCUCCGACCUCCUGGCUACUCCCGCCUCCCCGCAGCACGCCUUGCUGCCUUUGGCUUCGUCCGCAGCUCCAGUGUGUCCUCUGUUUCCAGCAACAAUUCCACUGACAGCACACGAAGUGAUCCGUGCAGACCAGCACAUCGUCCUGGCAAUGUGAGCGAUGACCCCCCUUUCCACAGGGUGAUUACAGCUUCAUGUGGAGAGGGGCAGAGAGUGCCAUGCCGCAGCAGCCCACAGCCCCCCAGCACUCCUGUACCCACCCGCCGCCCACUGCUGCCUCCUCCACCAGGCUCUCCAGUCGGUUCCCGCAAAGACUUUCAGAAGACUUCUGAAGGCUCUCAUUCGGCGCUCUCAUCCCCGAAGCGUCUGGCUGUUGUUUCACCGAAACCUCAGUCACCAGUCCUGCAGAGACAGAGGGCAGCAGCAACACGGGUCCCUGGAGUUCCUGGGGGCUCCAGUGUGCCAGUUACAGGACACAGCGUCUCCCCAGGCUCAGAAAAGAAAAAAGAAGAGGCACAGAGGAAGGAGAAAGAGCGAGAGGAGCAGGAGAAGCGAGACGAGGAAGUGCUGCGGCUGCAGGCUAAAUGCAAAGAGCAGAAUGGACAGCUGCUGGCUCUCCGGGCUGAGCUGAAGAGGACCAUGCUGGGUCUGGAUGUCUUAGCCAUCUGCACCCAGCACUUCUGUCUGAAGAGUGAAAAUGCUGAGCAGAAAGAGAAGGAGUUGUUCCUGGAGCUCAGCCGGAUUCAGGAGGAAGUGGCCUGCACUGCUGCACGAUGGAAGCUGCUGCAGAAGGAAAAGUCUGCGCUGGAGCAGAGUUUCGAGCUUCAGCUGAAAGAGCUCCAGGAGCAGCAGGAGGCUGAGCUUGCCACUCUGGAGGAAGAGCUCAGAACACGGCACGCCUCUGACACAGACCACCUGAGAGCUGAGCACCAGUCACAUGUGGAGGAACUGCGAACCCAGCAACAGGAGCAGAUUGAAGAGUUAACAGCUCAACAUGAGUCGGCAUUGGAAGACCUGAGAACCAUGCAUAACAUGACCAUGGCAAGUCUACAGGAGGAGCACGCCAGGACCAUGCGAGACCUGAGGAAAGCCCAUGAAAAACAGAAAGCUACUCUAGAGAAUGAUUUUGAAAAGCAUAAACUCUCCCUUCAGGAUCAGGUUGACAUGCUGACGUUUCAGAACCGAGCCUUACAAGACAAAGCCAAACGCUUUGAAGAAGCACUGAGGAAGAGCGCAGAUGAGCAGAUAUUGGAUGCUCUUGCCCCAUACCAGCACAUUGAGCAAGACCUUAAGAGCUUGAAGGAGGUUCUGGAGAUGAAGAACCAGCAGAUACAUGACCAGGAGAGGAAGAUCUGCCACCUGGAGAAAGUGCAGGCCCAAAAGAACAUAUACUUGGAGGAGAAGGUGCAGGUUCUACAACAGCAGAACGAGGACCUGAAGGCCCGCAUCGACCGCAAUGUUGCCCUGUCCAGGCAGCUUUCGGAGGAGAACGCUAACCUGCAGGAGCACGUGGAGAGGGAGUCCAAUGAGAAGAAGCGUCUGAGCCGUAACAAUGAAGAGCUGCUGUGGCUUCUGCAGACGAGUCCCCAUCUCUCUCCCUCCUCCUCCCCCAGCCACAGAGUCUUCUUCCCAGGGUUUGAAAAUCCCCCAUUCCCUGGCUCUCCCAGCCCUGGAACUCCCACACACUCGUAUUCACCUGGACCCUGCACUCCUUCACAUAAAGUGGGUUCUCCUGGCCCGGGUACUCCGACUCACAGAGCCUCACCAGCAGCCAGGAGCUCCCCAGCAAGAGUCCCCAAUGCCAACACACUACCCAGAUAAGCUCUUUGAAAACAAUGAACAAGUCAGCUCUUAUUUAUACUUCCUGUUUCAUCACUCUUUCCUGUUUUUCAGUCUUUCAGAGUGCUAUAAUUGUGUCGUGUUUAAGAUUGUUACCCAUUGAUUUUGGUGGGGAAAAAAAUCAUGGAGCGAGUUUGAAAAAUGUCCGCAUUUGUCCGAGAUAAGUGUCCAGACAGAGCUUCUGACUGUCAGAUUGUGUCCAUACUUCUGAAUGUCAGACCCAAAAUCUUUUUGAUAUGUCAACCACAACUGUUAAAUCAGUGUAACUGUGUCUCUAUGAGCAGUGAAUUUUCUAUAGUACUCUAUAGUGCAUUUAAAUCCUACACCCUGCUCAUACUAAGGCAGGACACAGAGGGGCCAAACACAACAAUAUACUACAGCAGAAGCCUUUUGUAUCCAACCCACACUUUCUCAGCCUUCUUAGUGAUCAGCACACCAGCAGGUUAUCAGCAUUCAUCACUUUUUGAUCUCACUCAGUAUGUAAUAGUAAACUCUACUGUUACUGUACUUUUAUCCCUAGACAUUACAAUUAUACAGUUUUGCUUGGGGCAUUGUUCAGGUCUCUGGCAGACCUUAAAUUCUGGAUGCACUGUUGGAAGAAAAGAUGGAGUCACAGGUUUCAAACUCAAGGGUCUGUGGGCUAAGUAUACCUUGCUGCCUUAUUUCAUUAGGUCUGUGCAAACUUGCAAAAAAAAAAAAAUCAGAAUUGAAUCUUAGUAUACUACUACACGUUUCACACUGGAGCAGAAUGACCUAGAUUUUAUACCAAAUACGUUGCAUAAGUGUAAUCAUACAUUCAAUCCACACCACACACUUCUGUUCACACCACUGACAUAACUGAAUUUUUACAAAGUAAGCUAUUGCCUAAAUAUCUGUGAAACAUAAGGAAUAGGGACAACCAAUUUUGGGCCAUUUAUAGAAGAUUUGCAUAUUUGUGUUUAUUCUGAUUUCCUAUCGCUAUUAUAUGUACAGUAUUGCUCUGCAACUAAAGGUUUCACAAUCAUGACAUCAUUAUACAGUAUAAUUUUAAGUUAUACUGUUUAUAUAAGUUAUAAGUUUAAGGAAAGUGGAGUUUUAAGGUCUUAAUAGAGAUAGCACCUAAAACAAACACAACAGGGUGUGUGGGCUCACAUUAAAAGACUUGGUGGAUUGAACGCUGGUUAAAAAUUCUGCUGCUGCAUAUGAAGCACAUCUAAAAACCUUCAGAAGCAUGUCUAGUGCUAAGUGGCCUUCAAGAUAAUGAUUGCCUUCAAAUACUGCAAUGCAUCACCCAGUGUAGCAGCCUCCAAAAAUGAUGAAAAAAGAAGCUGAUGGAAAGAUAAGUGAAGAUAAUGAUAGUGACAGCUACUUUAAAGAUAGUGUAGUAUGAAUCAAUACAUUUUUGUCACCAUUACAGUAUGAAACAAAAAUAAAUAUGGUAAGUUGACUCAGUUUCAUAUUCAGAUUAGAGAACAGAUGCACUUGUGAUAAUACAUUUAAAAAAACAUAAAAGCCUUAGAUUUUGGCCCUUCAAGAGGUCACAAAAUUGCUGAUGUGGCCUGGGUAGCUGCGCUGUUCAGAUCAUGCUUUCAGACAGUAAUUAGGCAAUGACCAGCUUUGCAUAUACACCACCCACUGAUCCCCAUGUCUUUAAAAUGUACUGUAAAUGCCUCAUUGAUUAGACAGAGUACAUUUCUAGUUCAGAUGAAUAUAAACAGAAGCCAGAAACAAAGACAGUACUGAAACAAAGAGGAUGGUUAAUCACAAGUUCCUUUUUUUUUAAUAUCUUUGAAAUUUCAGAAAUUUCAAACUGUACCUUUAUACAUCUCAAACAUGAGAAGGUAUAUAUAUAUAUAAUUUCAUAUCAGAAUAUCAUUAAUGUUUAUUAAGAUCCCACAACAGCUGUCAGAAUGAAUAUUAGUAUCACACUAAUUAUUUGUCAUAAUGCUUACCGCACUGAAAUUGUGUGUAACACUCAAAAUAUGAUUGUUUUACCCUUAGUGUAUCCAGGUCUUUAUAUUGGUCUGCCAGAGGUCUAUGACACCAUGCUUUAGCCAAGCUUCAACUUAAAAUCAGAGGUUUAAGAACAUUAUAACUGGCUGUACUUCGUUUGCUUGAACACUGGAGGUCAACAGUUUUGUCUGUAAAUGUCAAUUUUGUGUAACCUCAAACCAUUCAAUAAGCUCAUUUUUAAACACAGCACUUGCUCUGGUCUUCCAGUCUUGUCUGUAAUGGCUGCUGCUCAGGGUCAUGUCCCUCAAGUCGCCAUUUACAUAUCUACUCAACUUUCUUACCGGCUAAAUAUAAGUUCUGUCUCUCAGUAUAUGGUACACACACCACACACAGCAGACAGGCAGUGUAUAAAGAUACUACAAGAACUUCUCCUUGUAAAGGUUGCUAUUUGUCAUUUUUAAUAGUAAUAUUUGUAUGGUGUUGUAAUGGAAUUUUGCUAUGUGCAUGUGUCGUAAAAGCCUUGUAGGCUUUCUUUUGUGAAACUUGGGAUUGUAGUAAAUAUAGACACUAGGACUCUGGUCCAAAAGCUUCCAUAUACAUAAUACUAGGAAUGAUCUACACCUCAGUAGUGAGCCAAAAUCACUUUUCAUAUGUGUACUGCUGUACUGACGGUAAGCUUGUUGUUCUCUACUAACAGAACACUGUCAGUUGAGAAUGACAGACGAAUUAAAUUUUUUAUUGUAAUGUUGACUAACUGAAGCUGUUUUAUCUCUAUUUAUAAUAACACUUAUUAUUAACUGUGUAGAGUAGCAUUACUUAUAGAAAUUAUCCUCUCUGUAUAAAUAAACUAGAAGGGAAUGUAGCCUAAAAAUGUCUUAAAAUGCCAUUGUAUUUUAACUUUCAGGGAUUUUUUUAGAUAGUGGAGUUUUUUCUGAUAAUGAAAUAGCAUGUUUCAUUCGAUUUAGAAAUACACCCAGAAUGUUUUUAGUACUUACUGACUGACACUUGACUGACCCAUGCCCUAGUCAAUUUAUUUAUAGCAAUAAAAAUUCCACCUGAUGAAAAUUAAUUAAUAAAUAAUUUACACAGACUGAGCAAAUAAUUUACCCAGACUGAAGAAAAUGUUACACAGUGUGAAUUGUGAAGAAAAUGUUGCAUUUCAGAACUGAACAUUAGGUGAGAAAAAAAAAUAGAUUCAUCUACUCAUUUUUGAUAACUCACACCAGACAAUUUUUAAAAUUGGAAAUUUUCUAUGUCCAGUUUUAGAUCAUAUAUUUACCUGUUUCAAAGGUAUUCCAAUUUCCGUAAUCAAUUUUGAUACUGCUCUUAAAGAAAAUUGUCAGAUGUUUACUGGUAUUUUUUCUAUAAUAUCAAUGUCUGUUGGUGCUUUUCAUAGGUUAAUUCAAGAACAGCUAACAAGAAUAAAAAGCUGUGUUCUGUUUGCUCUCUUAAAUAAAGCGUACAGAACUUAUGAUUUCUGGAUUGGUCUGUUAAUAAGCACACUCUUGUAGGAAUGAGAAUGUUUUUGGUUAGAGACUAUUUUUUUUUACAUUGUAUGGAAAUAUUUUUGAUUGUUUUGAGUUUUAAUUCAUUGUACAACUGCGUGUUGUAUUGCGGCUUGACUCGUUAAUUUUUAAAUUUUUUUUUUUACAAUGUUCUGUCAGUGAUAUGUAGUCAAUCUCUGUUGUUGAAAUUCUUUAAAAAAAAAAAAAACCUCUGUUUUUGCUAACAUAACCCAGUUAUCACAGAUGGUCACAAGGUUACAUCAAACGUGCACAGCAGGACCUAUAAAUUAGCCAUCAUCAUUACAGGUAGCUUUUAGAAAACAUUUCAGAAGACAGUUAAGUAAAUUUUUAUAAAAAUUUGAUUUAAACUUGGAUAUAAUGUACUUUUUCUUAUACAACAGUUAUUAUACCAGCAUAUGGAUUAUUACAAAUAAAUAUUUCUACAUUUAAAAUCAUUCAGGAACAACUGAACCUAAUACACAUUGGAUUAAUGUGCCUUGAUUUACUGUACCACAGCAAAAACAGAGGAGGUUUUUUAUUAUAUAUUACUGCAGUUCUUUGAAUGUUUCAUAAGGAUCACUGCUGGAUUAAGUUCAUUUGUUUUCAUUAUGUCACACGGAUGAUCAUUUAGAGAUUGUGUUCUGCCUCUUAUAUCGUAAAUCCCUCCAGAACCUAAACAACCUCUUUUAAUUCUCAAAUCAGAAUGUUUUUAGAGAUCAGCUACAUAUUUCAAUAUGAACAUACUAAAUUUCUAUAUAUAACUGGAAAUAAAUGAGUGAUUCAAAAUAUCAGUAUUGAACAAAGAAACUUUUCUACCUUCGAACCAACCAAGCUGUGAUGAGAAAUAUAAAAAUAUUAGAAAUAUUACCCAAAGAAUCCCUCUCAGAACAUCCUGAUUUGCACUUUAGUAACAUCCUACUGUUGUCUGGCAUUUGAGCUUCACCUAGAUGGAACUUUAUAAUACUAAUGUUACAUAAUAUUAUGUACAGUCAUAAAUGUUAUAAAUAUAUGAUCAAUAUAUGAUAAAUAUUUUAUCCCCUUAAACUCCAGGACACGUUUCUGUGUACGAACUUACAUUCCUCACCUUUCCUAUUAGUUUUACUGUAGUAACUGAAUAAUUCAUAGAAGUUACUUAACAAUAUGCUUUAAGACGUAUAACUGAUUAAUAAGCCAAGAGUUUAAGGGGUUAAUUACCUCAGUUUCUGACAACUACUGACAACUCUGUGCUACUGCACGAAGGGUAAAACCUGGAUCAGGGCCUGAAGCUUUUCUACAGAACAAAAUCUCAAAUCUCACUAAGAACAAAAACAUCACUGCACACAGGCUACAUGUUUGUGGAGAAUCUCACCAUCAUUGUUUUCUUCCAUUCUGCUUCCUUAUUCCGGUGACUGGAAAUUACAGCCACUUGUGUACAUAAUAUUUAUUGUGUCUUAGGAAUCAGCAGUGCAUGUUUGUCUGCGCAGAUCAUCUCUCUUCUGUGUAUGUGCUUUUUUAAUCUUUCUUUUGUGAUAGUUGUAACUGUAUCUGUAACUGUAGCUUAGUUACUAUUAAUCUUAAUGAAUGGAAAGUAUUUAUAUCUCAAAACAUUUGUAUGCACUUUGGGCGGGGUGGAUAUUAAAU